AUGGACAGCGACGUUUACUGGACUGGAGCCGACUUUCUCCCCUUCCUCGGGAAGUUCGCGCGCUUUUCCCCGGAGCAGGAAAGCGAUUUAGACGUUGCAGCCGUCCGGGCAUGGGAAGACUAUGGGGAGAAGAAGGCGCCCCUGUACAUGCAGCGCCUGCAGGCCGAGAUGUACAAUGGCACCGCAGGUGUGAAGCGCCCUUUGCUGCAGAUGCCGCCUGUGGUGUACAGCGCCGAGAACGUGUGCUGGUGGGGUCAGCACUCUGAAGGCUUUGUGCAGUGCCCUCUGGCCUAUGCGACGCUGGACCACAUGGUCGAGGUGGCGCGCAACCACGCUUCGAGCAUCGACGUGCAUAAGGCAGCGUCCUACGCAAAGAUAUCCGCCAAAACGCUGCGGAGUCAACUCAAGAAGUCCUUCACGGGCAAGCAACAGUGGAUGGUGGACGACAUGCUAGGCAACCCGAACGCGGCGUCACCGUAUACGACCCAGGCGAAGCGGUCUCGCGACGAUCCGCUCUUCUACAACGUCACUGUUGUGCGCAAGUCCAACCCGACCGUGCUGCUGAAUGGCGGCAUGUACGUGUCACGCGUGUGGGCGCUGCGCCGGCUGGCAAAGGCCCUUGCAACGUACAUGGCGACAGAGACGCCGGUCGCAGAGGGGGAGGAUCACCACACGUCUGAGUGGUGGUGUGACCAAGGUGUGUUAGGCCAAAUAUAUGUGCGGGGGCGCCUGUACGAGGUUGAGCACAACCUGUUGGCUGGGCCUCCGCUUUCGAGGCGGACGCCGCCAGUCCCGUACGAUGACCGCUACGGGCCACCAGGCCUUGUUGGUCUGGACAGGCGAUCAGAGAUGGCUACUGUCUCCCUGGCCUUGGAGUACAGCAAGACCCUGUUCCACCCCAGCAAGUACCUGGAGGAGCAGUCCCUGGGCAGCAACCGUUGGUGGAUCUGGAACAAGGCCGAACUACUGCUGGGCGAGAACGAGCCUCAGGGUCACUCACUGGAGCACCUACAGACGACGCGUGGUGGCGCCCUCGUGACACCGCCGCUGCUGUGGCGCUCGGCGACCGCAGAGGACAGGUCGAGAGGCUUCCAAAAUGAAGCUGAGGAAGACCCUGACGUCGUUCGUAUUCCAUUUAUACACUACGCCGGACCUUCCAAGCACAAGAUGUUCGCGACUCAUCGCCACUAUUACUCGUGGAUGGUGGCCGCGCGGCACGACAGCCGGGCACGGGAAUCCGUGACGAAUGCUCUCCGGAAGGAGUUGGUGGAGCUGUGGUUCAACGAGGAGCGUGUUUUCGUUAACUUCACACACAUGUGCAGGGAUCCAACACUGUUGUCUUUGCCGUAG